AGGCCGACAUGAAUCACAAAAGCUAUGGCUGAAACCUCGACAGUCACCACCACUCCCGCCGGCAAUGAUGCCACAGUCAUUAAAACGGGUCCACCUAGCGGCGCCGCGGGUACUGGCGCGCCUGCAGAGCGGGCAUCCCCUCCUCGGCCACCAGUGAACCAGAUCUACGCUCUGCCGGCCCCGAUCCGGACCUUUCCUCUCCCUACCUUCUAUCCGAAUAAUCCAGUUUCACUCCUACACCUCAUUUAUGCUUGGUUGAGCCAAGUCUUCCGAGCCCCACCACAAGAGCCGUCUGUGGUGCAUACAGGAGUCUGGGACCCCGAAACGCGCUCGGUACAUAUUCUAGACGAAUCUUCCGUCCGUGCUCUCUGGGAGCAAGGCUUCUACGGGAAAGGAAGCCUGAGUCGAAGUGAGCCGAACUGGUUGAAGCGGGAGCUGGCACGACGGGGCUCGCCGGAAGGCAAGACCGUCAGUGAGGCGCGCACCGAGCUGCGGCGAGAAGAGCGUCGCCUUGCCAAGUGGGAGAGAGCGAAAGCUGAGCUGGAAGCGCUCGAGAAGCAGAGGCUCGCCGAGACCCUCGCCCGUACUGCAGCGAGCGAAACAACCAGACUCAAUGGGAUCCUCAGCGAACCUGUCAAGGCGGCGGAGGCGUCUGUGCUUCCCAGCUCCGUUCGCCCCACUGCUGUAGAGCCGGAAGAUGCUGAUGAAGAGGCCGCGGUGGAGACUACGCCCGUUGUCGAGAUUUCCCACCAUCCAGAGCCUGCCGGCCGCCAAAUCCGUCAGGAAGCCAAGCCUCCUGUUAGCCCGGCAGAGUUGCUCGCACUUCCAAACUCCUUAGCAGAGCUAAACAACCUGCUGGACACUCGUGGGAAAUUCCACGAUGUGAAAGCGCCAGUUGGUCCGGCGGAACUGCUCCUGCUUCCGAAUUCCCACGCGGAUCUCGUCUUGAGACCCGUCAGUGGACUCGCCAUCUUUGAGAUCGGGCAGACCGCUCCCAGCCAACCGACUGCCCAGGCGACUCACGAGGUUGAUGGCCAUGCGGAGGAAUCCCAUACUCGGCCCAAAACGAAUGGUGGCAUCAACGGGCAUGCGAUCAAGGCAAGUGCCUCGACUGGCAGCAAAGAGUUAGACGGCGUGUCCGGCAGUGGCAUUUGUCCAAAUGGAACUGGUAAAACCCCGAUCACGCCUCUUUCACUGGCCUCGGAUGAUCCUGUUUUGUGCCCCUCGGCUGCCGAGUUGGAAGGCGACCUUUUGCAAAAGCGCGGGAAGAGCGUCCGCUUCUCGCCCAGGGUUGAAUCAACCACCUUCCUGCAUUCGGAUCCGCCAAGCCCUGGCCUCUCUGUCGGCGUCCUACCGAAGAGCGCUGCCCCUGCGCUACCGAAUGGUGGAGCGACCCCCGAGGCCGCCUCCGCUUCCGCUCUCUCUGCGGGCGCCCCUCGUCUGGCUCCGGAUUCUGCGACGGAGAUUGAGAACAAGGAGCACUUUCAGCUCGCUCCCGAGGAAGCCUUUUUCUUGGCGUUCUCACUCGGCGCUCUGAAGGUUGUAGACCCCGUAACCGGUUCUCCAAUCUCUACUGAGCAUCUAUUGCCUCUAUUUCGUUCUCAUUCUUACUUCACCCCUCGCACAUCCCACUCUGGUCUCAGGCCUGACGACCCAUUCCUUAUUAACUACGCUGUGUAUCAUCAUUUCCGAUCGCUGGGCUGGGUUCCGCGUCACGGUAUCAAGUUUGGCGUGGACUGGAUCAUCUACCAACGCGGGCCGGUCUUCGACCAUAGCGAGUUUGGUAUUAUGGUCAUGCCGGCGUUUUCGGAUGCGGCCUGGGAACAACACGAGCAUGAAGAGCCAAAGCGGUCGUGGUCGUGGCUGAUGGGUGUUAACCGGGUACUGUCGCACGUUCUCAAAAGCCUAGUGCUUGUUUAUGUGGAUAUUCCCCCACCGACGGUGUUCGAUGAAGAGAUAAAGCGCGGGGGUAUCGCGGCGGCGCUGAAAAAGUAUACUAUUCGGGAGGUUAUGGUUCGGCGGUUCUCGGCAAACCGCAACCGGUGAUGUACGAGGAACAUGAUGCACGGCUGGCGUUGGGGUUUAUGUUACUGUACAAAUACAAAGCACAUCGCAUAGGGAACGGGGACGGCGUUUAUAUGGCCGAAGCAUUAAUCCAACUUCACGCAAACAAACUCAGUAUUCUGACUUGAGCCUGCCCCACUCCAUUUUGUUUGGAGUGGUUCGGUUCG